UAAUGUAAUCCAACAGUCUGUGAUUUGCAUUGGUAACUCCGUGCACAGCUAUACUUUAAAAUAAAAGCAUUUAUAGUCCUCACUGUAGACUAUGUACCACCUGCAGUAGCUGCAGCUAUAUCACAGUCCGCUAUUUUACCAUCUGAAAGCGUGAACAAAGUUUCAGAUCGUUAUUUCCGAUGCUUGUGCCAACUCAUGGGUGACUCGAGACGAAGCGGAUCCCUCCUUUGAUUGGCCACAAAAGCGCUACGUGGACGUCGAGCAGGACCAGGUAGAGCGCGUGACCGUUAUCAUUUCAUUCUGACUGCGGCUGUCAGGACGACCACAGAGCCACACGUCAACUAUCAUCGCAAGCCUCUUAUCGCGCAGACAUCGCCACGAGUUUGGUGGAAUAUUAUUUUGAGGGCCUACACCAGGGUGUGGGUGAGUGAGUCAAGUAUGAAGUCCAAAGGAAAGGGGACAAAGCGGAGCAGACAGUCUUGGGCAGAACAGGACGACCCAGACUUUACACUGGAAACAGAGCCAGGUUCCAGCGAGCAGGAGGGUUCAGAGGCAUCCGUGAGGCUGGGUGGGACGUGGAGAACAUUGAGGGGUGAGAGGAACGGCGGUUCCCGCAUGGGUACGCGGCGCAGGCGUCUGCACGGCAGCGCCAAGGAACGCAACGUCCGCAGGCUGGAGAGUAAUGAGAGAGAGAGGCAGAGGAUGCACAAACUCAACAAUGCCUUUCAGGCCCUACGGGAGGCCAUUCCUCAUGUCAAAACAGACAAGAAACUUUCCAAGAUCGAGACUCUCACACUGGCAAAGAACUACAUCAAGUCCUUAACCACAAUCAUCCUGGGCAUGUCAAAUGCCAGUCACAUGGAGACUAACGCCUCCCGGCUCUUGCAGUGUUAUCAACAGCAUCUACAGGAGGAGGGAGAGGAGGAUCUGUCUAACUACCUGAGCCACAUUCACAGCUUCAGCCAGGGCAGCUAACACACACUGCCACGGACUCAGUGAGCGCUGUGUAAAUACGUGCAUGAUACAUGCAUGAUGGCAAAUACCAGCUCUGAAGACUAACAAAAGGGUCUGUUUGAAUAACCCAGAGUUUACAAGCUAAAGCUGGUCCAUAAACAAGCUAAUUUAUGUACAGAAUAUGCACGGAUUAUGUUGUUCAUAAAUUUUUUUAUAAAAUAGUUAUUUGCCAUUAUCAUUGCCAAAUUGCUAGCAGUAACUCUUUGGAUUAUGAAAGGACACAGUGUGCUGGUCAUUAAUAUACUUUAGCCCACUCUGUGACAAAAGAAGAUGCUUUGCUCAUAUGGCGAAAGUCAAUGGGGUCCAAAUCAUCACUGGA